ACUCGUCAGCAGCGUCGGAGACCUGGACGGCCGACGGCUCCGUCCGAAGCAUUCAACGCUUCAAGUCCUUCAACCAUCAACUACCCGCGGAAAUCAAUAAAAAGCACCCCCACCCCACCCCGGCCCCGUCCUCUCCUCCGCCUCCGCCUUGCCGUCCUCGCCUCGUCUCCGCUCCGUCCACUGUCAAGCUCCAGCUCCAGCCUCCAUCAGACAGAGCACCGGCCACCACCCCCGAUCGAUCGGUCGUCUCCGGAGUCGAGUCCGCAGGAUGGGGUGCGCCUUCUCGUCGGCGGGCUCAGCGGGCGCGCUACGGCCGUGUUCCGGGGUACGGGUCAUCCACACCAACGGGUACGUGGAGGACUUCGAGGGUCCCGGCGUGGUGACCGUGGCGACCGUCACGGGCUGCCUCUCCUCCGACCCCGCCGCCGACGGCAACGGCGACAGCAACGGCAGCAAGGGGUACGUGCUGUGCUCGGCGGCGCACCUUCUGCAGCCAGGGCGCGGGCCGUUCCGGCCCGACGACGCGCUGCAGCCGGGCACCGUCUACUUCCUGCUCCCGCAGUCGGUGUUCCAGGCCGAGUCCUCCGCCGUCGACCUCGCCUGCCUCAUGAACCGCCUCACCGCGCUCGCGCGCAAGGGCUGCGCCACCGCCGCGCCCAAGCCCAGCCCGCUCGACGCGCUCUUCGACGCCGCCGCCGCCGGCGGCGGAGGCAGUCGCCAACACCAUCCUGUGGCUGUGGCUGUGCCUGCGGCGUCCAAGGAGAAGGAUCAGGCCGGGCGGGCGGCGCCGUGGAGGCCCCGACUCGACCGAAUCGACGAGUCCAUCGGCCGCUCCUCCAUGCGCAGCGCGUCCAGCCGCAGCGAGGCCUGAUGCCGGCCGUCACAUCCCUCUCAGUCCCCCUUUUCCCUCCUUUAGCUAGAUUUGCUCUCUCUUUUUCUGAUUUCCUCUCUGUCUCUUUAAUUAAUCUCUCUCCCUUCUACAUACUACAGCAGUGUAUACAGAUGGCUCUGGUUUUGUUUCAUCAUGUUUGUAGUAGAAGAAUUGUAAAGAUCCAUAGCACAGUGCCAAAUUGUAUUUGCCUAUGAAUGAUGAUGUGAUGAUGAGUGUAGUUCUUGUUGCUAGUGGUAUUAGAUUCAGCGGUCGUAUUGUAUUGUA